AUGUGGUCCGGAGCCUCCCCUCAAGAGCAAAUUAUAGAAGCGUCGAGAAGAAACAACGUGGAAUUGCUAGCUUCUGUGGCGGAAGCUCAUCCGGAGGACAUUGCAGAGCUUGUAAACUCUUCCAAGGAUGCCACAGGCAAUACGCCAUUACAUCUUUGUUGUAAGUACGGAUGCUACGAAGUACUUGACAAGCUACUUGACAUUGAGGGUAUUGACGUCGAUCCAAAGCAUCAAACGAGCGGUGAAACCCCCUUGCAUUAUGCCGUUCACUACAGUUUUGAGGAACCCGAGUACGCCAAAUUCCUAAUAGAAAAUCUUCUAGAGGUUGGUGCCGACCCGACGAUCCGCAACAAAGACGGCCUAAAGCCAGCCCAAUUGCUGGGCGAUGCCAACGAGGAUAUAAGGAUGAUACUUGAUGGUGCUGAGUAUGCAGCAAAUGUGCAACAAGAUGAAGAGGAGGAGGUUGAUGACGGUCCUUCAGACGAGGAAUAA